AUGGACCCCAAAGUGCAAGCCCUUGAGGCUCGAAUUCGUGAACUCGAUAGAGCCCUGGACCACGAAAAGAAGCGCAGCAUGGAGUCGCACAAACAGAUUUGUCGCAGGGACCGACGCAUCAAAGAGCUCACGCUGGAGGCGGAAGAAUACAAACAGAAAGUCAAAGAUGUUCAAGUUACUGUGCAAGAUUUAGAGAAUGAGAUUCGCAUUUAUAAGAGGAGACUGGACGACUCGCAAGACAUCAGCCACCAAAAUGCGAACCGGUAUCGAAAAGCGCAACAAAAGUAUCAAGACGAAGUCAUCAAGAUUGAGCAGUACGAGGAAAAAGUCCGUCGACGGAGGGCUGAGCAGCAACAGACGCCCUUAUUCGUUCAAAUCUAA